AUGAAGGGGGGGGCUUCGGCGGGAGGAUUCCCGGGGGCGUCGCCUGCUUCCGCCGCCGCCUCCUUCAGUGAAAGUCCCUUUUGGGUCCAGCUGCCACAGCCACCGCGCUCCCUCAGGCCGGGCGGGGGACACCCCAGGUCUGCGUGGCCCCCGCGCCGCCACGCCCAGUGGCCGCCCGAGCCCUGCGAGCAGGGGGAGGAGCCGCCGCCAGUGGAGGCGGAGGAGGUAGAGGAGGCGGAGACGGCGGAGACCGCGGAGAAGGCGGAGAGGAAGGUGGAGGCGGAGGCGAAGGUGGAGGGGAAGGCGGAGGCGGCGGGGAAGGUGGAGGCGGCGGGGAAGGUGGACUCCACCGAGAAGGUGGAGACGGCGGGGAAGGUGGACUCCGCCGGGAAGGUGGAGACGGCGGAGGGUCCGGGCCGCCGGGCUGAGCUCAAGCUGGAGCCCGAACCCGAGCCGGUCCGGGAGGCGGAGCAGGAGCCGAAGCAGGAGCUGGAGGAUGAGAACCCAGCGCGGAGCGGCGGUGGCGGCAACAGCGACGAGGUUCCUCCCCCCACCCUUCCCUCCGAUCCACCGCGGCCCCCCGAUCCCUCUCCGCGUCGCAGUCGUGCGCCGCGCCGCCGACCCCGGCCCCGGCCCCAGACCCGGCUCCGUACCCCGCCGCAGCCUAGGCCCCGGCCCCCGCCCCGGCCCCGGCCCCGGCGCGGCCCUGGGGGCGGAUGCCUGGAUGUGGAUUUUGCCGUGGGGCCACCAGGCUGUUCCCACGUGAACAGCUUUAAGGUGGGAGAGAACUGGAGGCAGGAACUGCGGGUUAUCUACCAGUGCUUCGUGUGGUGUGGAACCCCAGAGACCAGGAAAAGCAAGGCAAAGUCGUGCAUCUGCCAUGUGUGUGGCACCCAUCUGAACAGACUCCACUCUUGCCUUUCCUGUGUCUUCUUUGGCUGCUUCACGGAGAAACACAUUCACGAGCACGCAGAGACGAAACAACACAACUUAGCCGUAGACCUGUAUUACGGAGGUAUAUACUGCUUUAUGUGUAAGGACUAUGUAUAUGACAAAGACAUUGAGCAAAUUGCCAAAGAAGAGCAAGGAGAAGCUUUGAAAUUACAAGCCUCCACCUCAACAGAGGUUUCUCACCAGCAGUGUUCAGUGCCAGGCCUUGGUGAGAAAUUCCCAACCUGGGAAACAACCAAACCAGAAUUAGAACUGCUGGGGCACAACCCAAGGAGAAGAAGAAUCACCUCUAGCUUUACGAUCGGUUUAAGAGGACUCAUCAAUCUUGGCAACACGUGCUUUAUGAACUGCAUUGUCCAGGCCCUCACCCACACGCCGAUACUGAGAGAUUUCUUUCUGUCUGACAGGCACCGAUGUGAGAUGCCGAGUCCCGAGUUGUGUCUGGUCUGUGAGAUGUCGUCGCUGUUUCGGGAGUUGUAUUCUGGAAACCCGUCUCCUCAUGUGCCCUAUAAAUUACUGCACCUGGUGUGGAUACAUGCCCGCCAUUUAGCAGGGUACAGGCAACAGGAUGCCCACGAGUUCCUCAUUGCAGCGUUAGAUGUCCUGCACAGGCACUGCAAAGGUGAUGAUGUCGGGAAGGCGGCCAACAAUCCCAACCACUGUAACUGCAUCAUAGACCAAAUCUUCACAGGUGGCCUGCAGUCUGACGUCACCUGUCAAGCCUGCCAUGGCGUCUCCACCACGAUAGACCCAUGCUGGGACAUUAGUUUGGACUUGCCUGGCUCUUGCACCUCCUUCUGGCCCAUGAGCCCAGGGAGGGAGAGCAGUGUGAACGGGGAAAGCCACAUACCAGGAAUUACCACCCUCACGGACUGCUUGCGGAGGUUUACGAGGCCAGAGCACUUAGGAAGCAGUGCCAAAAUCAAAUGUGGUAGUUGCCAAAGCUACCAGGAAUCUACCAAACAGCUCACAAUGAAUAAAUUACCUGUCGUUGCCUGUUUUCAUUUCAAACGGUUUGAACAUUCAGCCAAACAGAGGCGCAAGAUCACUACAUACAUUUCCUUUCCUCUGGAGCUGGAUAUGACACCGUUUAUGGCCUCAAGUAAAGAGAGCAGAAUGAAUGGACAAUUGCAGCUGCCAACCAAUAGUGGAAACAACGAAAAUAAGUAUUCCUUGUUUGCUGUGGUUAAUCACCAAGGAACCUUGGAGAGUGGCCACUAUACCAGCUUCAUCCGGCACCACAAGGACCAGUGGUUCAAGUGUGAUGAUGCCGUCAUCACUAAGGCCAGUAUUAAGGACGUACUGGACAGUGAAGGGUAUUUACUGUUCUAUCACAAACAGGUGCUGGAACAUGAGUCAGAAAAAGUGAAAGAAAUGAACACACAAGCCUACUGAAGUGACACACAGACCUACCUGCAAUGGAAGAUGACGACACCAAUACUAUGACUGGCAUCGAGAUCUAAAGGACCUACUUGACCAUGGCCCAUGGGCCUGACAGAGUAAGAAUUGAACAGUACCCAGUGUCCAAAAGGUCCCGAUUGGAAGAGAAAUAGAAGGGGAGGGAGAAGAGGCUCUAGUCUAAGCAGCUGAUGAAAGGGAAAUUAAAUGGUAGACACACUCUGGGUGAGGAAGGCAGGAGCAGGAAAAUGCUGACACUGGUACAUAUCCUAUAUUCCUCCAAAAGAUUGUGUGGGAAAGUGUGGGGGGGAGGGGGGUGGUGGGGGGUGUGCCCUUGUAACCCUAAAACAUCUUUCUCCAUGGGUGUUUCAGCUUCAAUUGACCAAUCACAUAACAGUUAUAUGUUUGGGGGGAAAAAGAAAAGUUUCUAAAAAAUGUGGCCCAUUACAUAUAUGGGUAUGAAAGCAGAAAAGUGGAGGAGGCAGGGAUAUCAUUGACAAACACCUUUGCCAGUUUCUUUGUAUUCGUGAUUUUUUGUGCUAUUAAAUGCAGUAUUAAAACAAGAAAAGCCCACCUGGGCUAGUGAAAGGAGAGGAAAUAAGGGGGCUUGUAUAAGGGGAGCAGUUGCUCCAAAAGUAGAGAAGACAAGAAAUGCUGUAAGAUAAGCAACCAACGCAGACAGGCCUCAGCUAAGAGUAUAGUGUGUGUGUGUUUAAAAAAAAAAAAAAGCUGUAUGAUAUACUUGAGCAAAUCAAUGAACUUGCGAUUGUUUUAUCAUCUGUAAAAUGCAGAUAAUUCCUACCUUAAAGGGUUAUUGUUGAAGAUUAAAUGAUAUAAAAAUGUGUCAAAGUAUAAAGUAAAAAGGCUUGGAACUUUGUAGGGAUUCAGUAAACGUUUGUUGGAUCCAAACCUGAAACUUCUUUGGACCAGGCCCAGAAUGCAUCAGAGGUGGGGGUCAGUCC